AUGAAACCCAACCCAUCCGUCAGACCCUCUCGGGUAAUCCCGAUUUUCUCUCGGGUCUUUCCUCACAAGCUCACGUAUCAAUCUUUCUCUAAGAAGCUAGGGUUUCCAAAUUUACCCAUUGCUCAACAACACCAGCAUAAUGAGAUUAGGGGCGGUGUUCGCCGAUAUUCUACCCGACCCAGAUUGGGCACGGGUUCGGAGGCUAAGGCUUCGAAGAGUUUGAUCGAGGAUGAAGCUGAACUCAGUGACUGGGUCAAUGAGCUAAGGUCUAACUCGUCUAAAACUCGGUUAUACAGUGACACUGAUAACGACAAUGAUAAUCGAAACGGUGAUUCUGGGAGGGUUAGGAGUGGAAAUAGACAUAGGGGUGGAGAUGAGAGACGUGGGAAGAGGAGGAGAGAGAGUGAUUCAGAUGAUUUAACUGUUUCAAACGGGCGAAAGGGGACCCGGGACUCAUUUCCAGUAAUGGGGACCCGGGACUCGUUUUCAGGAAGGGGGACCCGGGACUCGUUUUCAGGAAGGGGGACCCGGGACUCCUUUCCAGGAAGGGAGACCCGUGACUCAUUUCCGGGGAAUUCGAGGGGAAAAGGUAAAUUCGGUGGUCAUGGAGAAAAUGAGAAAGAUGGAUUGCGGAGAAGAGGGAAUGGUUUAAAUUAUUCUAAUGAUUUUGGUGCGCCAAGUAAGCAAAAUGGUUCUGAUCGGUUUUCUGGGAAUCCAAGGAAUAAAGGGAAAUUUAGUGGAGAAUUUGGUGGAAAUAAGGAUGGGUUUAUGAUGCGGGAUACAGAGAAAAAGAGAGGUUUGGGGAAUGGGAUUAACCGAGCAGGUGGUGGCACUGUAGGGGGACUGAGGAAAGGUGGGAAGAAUUUGGGGAGAACAGGUUUAGUGAUGUCAGAUGAGGAUAAUGAGGAUGAUGAUGAAGAGGUAAUAGGUCGGUUUAGAGAUUUGAUCAGUGAUGAAGAGAGUGAAGAAGAAGAAGAAGUAAAAGAAGAUGAUGAUGAUGAUGUGUUUAAAAAGAGUCCGUUGACUCGAUCUCGAUCAGACAUUGGAGAUAGUCUGCCUGUUUCACCCAAAAAUUCACCUGGAAGAAAUGAUUCUUACCUAAGUGAAACCAGGUUCGAUCAAUGUGCCAUCUCUUCCUUGUCGUUGAAAGGAAUUAAAGAUGCUGGGUAUGAGAAGAUGACUGUAGUACAAGAGGCAACGCUUCCCAUCAUUCUCAAAGGUAAGGAUGUACUCGCCAAAGCAAAAACUGGCACUGGAAAAACUGUAGCAUUUUUGCUUCCCUCAAUUGAAGUAGUUGUAAAAUCACCUCCUGUUGAUCGUGAUCAGAAGCGACCUCCAAUUCUUGUUCUUGUAAUAUGCCCAACCCGAGAGCUUGCAAGCCAAGCUGCUGCAGAGGCUAAUACCCUGUUGAAGUAUCAUCCUUCUUUUGGUGUUCAAGUUGUAAUAGGAGGUACAAGACUUGCUUUAGAACAGAAACGCAUGCAAGCAAAUCCAUGCCAGAUUCUUGUGGCAACACCUGGAAGGCUCAAAGAUCAUAUAGAGAACACCCCAGGGUUUGCAACUCGGCUGAUGGGUGUGAAAGUACUUGUACUUGACGAAGCUGAUCAUUUGUUAGACAUGGGAUUUCGUAAGGACAUUGAGAAGAUCAUAGCAGCUGUUCCAAAACAGCGGCAAACACUUCUUUUUUCUGCCACAGUACCGCAGGAGGUCCGUCAAAUUUGCCAUAUUGCUUUGAAAAGAGAUCAUGAAUACAUCAAUACAGUUCUGGAAGGCAGUGAAGAGACACACUCACAGGUUAAACAGAUGCAUCUAGUUGCUCCUUUAGACAAGCAGUUUUCACUACUUUAUGUUCUACUGAAAGAGCAUAUUGCUGAUGAUGUUGAUUAUAAGGUUCUUGUGUUCUGCACAACUGCUAUGGUCACAAGACUCGUUGCUGAUCUUCUUGGUGAGCUAAAUUUGAAUGUCCGAGAAAUCCACUCUAGAAAGCCACAAAGUUACAGAACCAAGAUUUCUGAUGAAUUCCGGAAGUCUAAAGGUCUUAUUCUUGUGACUUCUGAUGUUUCUGCACGUGGAGUAGAUUAUCCAGAUGUUACUCUUGUUAUACAGGUUGGCUUGCCAGCUGAUAAACAGCAAUACAUACAUCGACUUGGUAGAACUGGGCGUAAAGGUAAAGAAGGGCAAGGCAUAUUGUUGUUGGCUCCUUGGGAGGAAUUCUUUCUGUCGACUAUUAAGGACUUGCCAAUAACAAAAGCUCCUGUACCUUUGGUUGAUCCAGACACAACAAAAAGGGUGGAACGAGCACUCUCCCAUGUAGAGAUGAAAAACAAAGAAUCAGCAUACCAAGCAUGGCUUGGUUACUACAAUUCCAAUAAGACUGUGGGACGGGACAAGUUCAAGCUUGUGGAGCUCGCAAAUGAGUUCAGUCGUAGCAUGGGUCUUGACAAUCCUCCAGCAAUUCCAAAGCUAGUCCUCGGUAAAAUGGGCCUAAGAAAUGUUCCUGGUUUGCGUUCUAAAUAG